GAAGGGAUUAGUGAGAGCUGGAAGAGAGCACCAGCCCCUCCCAGUGUGAGUGAUCUGGCUUGGGAUUUACUGUCUGGCAGAAAACCACAUGCAAUUAACAGCUGGCAUCAGGGAAAAAGCAGACGUCCGGCACUAGCUGGGAAGGAGAUCAGCAGAGACACCUUCCAGGAGUUCAUGGUACUGGUGAACAGCUCUGUGCUGUACUUUCAUCUGAGCACCCCUGUCUUCUCCGUACAAAGAGCAGCAUACCAGACCUGUGUUCUGCACUCUUGCUUCUAAAAGCAUGAAAUCUUACAAAGUCCUCCCCCUAGCCUCUAUCUUCCUUUCCCUGAUGCUGUUUCAUGAGGUCUGGGCUCAGUUUCCACGGGAGUGUGCCAAUAUUGAGGCUCUGAGAAGUGGGGUGUGCUGCCCAGACCUGUUCCCUUCCUCUGGACCAGGGACUGACCCUUGUGGCUCAUCAUCAGGAAGGGGCAGGUGUGUGGCUGUGACUGCAGACUCCCGACCCCACAGCCGCCAUUAUCCCCAUGAUGGUAGAGAUGACCGAGAAGGCUGGCCUCUGAGGUUCUUUAAUAGGACAUGUCAGUGCGGUGGUAAUUUCUCAGGACACAACUGUGGGACUUGCCGUCCUGGGUGGAGAGGAGCUGCAUGCAACCAGAAAAUUCUCACAGUCAGGAGAAAUCUUCUCGACUUAAGUACAGAAGAAAAAAGCCACUUUGUCAGGGCACUGGAUAUGGCGAAGCGUACAACUCACCCUCAAUUUGUCAUUGCCACAAGGAGGUCAGAAGACAUACUGGGACCAGAUGGCAACACACCACAAUUUGAGAACAUUUCCAUUUACAACUACUUUGUUUGGACACACUAUUAUUCAGUCAAAAAAACCUUCCUUGGGGCAGGCCAGGAAAGCUUUGGUGAUGUGGAUUUCUCUCACGAAGGACCAGCCUUUCUCACAUGGCACAGGUACCACCUGCUGCAGCUGGAGAGAGACAUGCAGGAGAUGCUGCAGGAGCCUUCCUUCUCCCUUCCUUACUGGAAUUUUGCAACUGGGAGAAAUGUCUGUGAUGUCUGCACCGAUGACUUGAUGGGAUCCAGAAGCAACUUCGAUUCUACUCUUAUAAGCCCCAACUCUGUCUUUUCACAAUGGAGAGUGGUCUGUGAAUCCUUGGAAGAGUACGAUACCCUGGGAACACUUUGCAACAGUACUGAGGGUGGGCCAAUCAGGAGAAACCCAGCUGGAAAUGUAGGGAGACCAGCAGUGCAGCGUCUUCCUGCGCCACAGGAUGUCACUCAGUGCUUGGAGGUCCGUGUGUUUGACACACCUCCUUUUUAUUCCAAUUCUACAAACAGCUUUCGAAAUACAGUGGAAGGUUACAGUGAUCCCACAGGAAAAUAUGACCCUGCUGUUCGAAGCCUUCACAAUCUGGCCCACCUCUUCCUGAAUGGAACAGGAGGACAAACCCAUUUGUCUCCCAAUGAUCCUAUUUUUGUCCUCCUGCAUACUUUCACUGAUGCAGUCUUUGACGAAUGGCUGAGGAGGUAUAACGCAGAUAUUUCUACCUUCCCAUUGGAAAAUGCUCCUAUUGGACAUAACAGGCAAUAUAACAUGGUACCAUUCUGGCCUCCAGUUACCAACACAGAGAUGUUUGUUACUGCUCCAGACAACCUGGGAUAUGCUUAUGAAGUUCAAUGGCCAGGUCAGGAGUUUACUGUACCUGAACUCAUUGCCAUUGCUGUAGUGGCUGCAUUGUUACUUGUAGCUGCCAUUUUUGGGGGUGCUUCUUGUCUGAUCCGUUCUAGAAGCACCAAGAAUGAAGCCAACCAGCCUCUCCUCACUGAUCACUAUCAACGCUAUGCUGAGGAAUAUGAGGAACUCCCAAAUCCUAAUCAAUCCAUGGUCUGACCCCCCAUGCCUGUCCUCUCAUGCAGCAGGUUGAGAAACAGCCUGAAUGAAAGACAGCUGUCGAUCAUAUUUCUUUUGCUUCCUUCUUUUCUUUCAUGGUUUGGAAUUAAAGCACUGCUUUUCAACGAUGAGAAUUCAGAAUCUUUUCGGUAGGUUUUAAUUAUUAGUUUUGUUGAAGAUGGCAAGUUGUACCAGCUCCAUGAUAUCUGAGAGGAUAAUGUGAUGAACUUUGUAGUAUUCUAAAGAUUGCCUACAUGCUAUGAAGAACUGAUGCUUUGUUUGCACAGGAAAAUAAGUUUGAUGUAAAAUCUGUACUUCAAAUAUAUGAGUGGUCAUUCUUAUGGAGUUAACAUGUGAAUGUAUUGUUAUUAUUGGUACUAAUCAAAAGAUAUAAAAGCAGCCAUGUUGAUUAGUUAAAAUAAAUUCCAUGACAUUAUAAACCAAUAGAAUUCUGAUUAUCUUUCCGAAACUGGUCUCAUUUUUGAUGUCAGCAUACAUUACUUGGCCUCAGGUGCAAGGCCACAAGAAGGUCACAGUCAAAGUCACACUUUGUACCGAUGAAAGCUUCACUUACUGGAACACAGCUGCUACUGCAUAUUUGCCAAUGUGUUCCCUAGCUCGGUUUCUGGACACGAAACUGCCUUGCUACAGUUCACUUCCUAAUUCUCAUAUCUUAGAGGCCUGCAAGGAAGGUAUAAGUCAGAGCACACCAUGUUCUGUGCAUCUUAUCAAAUGUUCUAUUUCAUUUCAACAACAUUGUUUCACCACUUUUCAGCCUUCUGUGUAUUUCGAAAUAAAUAUAAUAAAAUCUUAUUUCAUUG